CACAGACACACACACUCCCUCGCAGGUGCUUCCAUCAGUUUCAGCGUCGCGACGCGCAUCCAGCUUUGAUGGUCACUAUAAAAUAGAAGCGUCAAAUAAUCAUAAAUCUCUUCGCCAAACUGGACUGACGAGCAUCACUGUAAAGUAGGGCAGGUGGAGAUUCAGGAAAGAAGAUGAACAGAGUUACAAAGAUCCAAACAAACCCAUCAACAUCAGGGAUAGACGUGGCUCCUUGCUUUAAGGUGACCGUGUUCGAGCAGGAGCAUUUCCAAGGCAAAUGUCAGGAGCUCACCUCAGAGUGCCGCAACAUCCAGGAGCGUGGGUUUGACAACAUCCGCUCUGUCCGUGUGGAGAGCGGCGCCUGGGUGGGAUACGAGCACCAUGACUUCCAGGGGCAGCAGUUUAUCUUGGAAAAAGGAGAAUAUCCUCAUUGGGAUGCCUAUAGCGGCAGUCUGGGCUACCAUGUGGAGAGAAUGAUGUCACUGCGCCCCAUCUGCAGUGCUGACCACCAGAGCAGUCGUAUGGUCAUCUAUGAGAAGGAGAACUUCCUGGGCCGCAAUGUAGAGCUGUGUGAUGAUUACCCAUCUCUGCAGGCCAUGGGCUGGUGCGACAAGCAAGUGGGCUCCAUGCAUGUGCAGUGUGGCGCCUUUGUGUGUUACGAGUACCCUGGCUAUCGAGGACAGCAGUACGUUAUGGAGUGUGACAGGCACAGCGGAGACUACCAACACUGGAAGGACUGGGGCUCCCACUGCCAGACCCCUCAGAUCCAGUCCAUUCGCAGAAUCCAGCAGUAAUGCCUGAGGGCGAAUGGAAGGAAACGGAAAGCGUGCAGAGUUUGGAAGCAGAAGAGUCACAUCACUCAUUCUAACAGCAGUCACUUUAUGAGGUGCAGUGUGGCAAAUUGCAAGACCUUCACUAGUUGCACGCAGUUUCCACUUAGGGUGCUCUAGUACUACACAAAAAAGACGCAUACACAGAUACACAUCACUGCUCGUUCAAGAAAAUAAAAAACUAAUAUUCUAUAGAGCAGAAGCACAGUGGGGGACACCGAAGAGUAAAAAUCUGUCAAUCAAGGCAAGAUGUGUAUCUGGAUAUGCAACCGUGUCAUGUCUCUGACGUUUGAGUGCCAUAUGGGGACAGAUGGGAGUGUGUGUUGGACCAUUCGGAGGAGAGGAGGACAACGGUUGACUAAUAAAUACAUACUCACCUCAAACUAG